AUGUCAGACCUCGAGCACCUCGCUUACGAAACCCUGCGCGCACUGCCAAAUGGCUACCCUGGACCGGGAGGCGCGGCAGCUGUACUCAAGGAUGGAAAAGUGAUUGGACAGCAUGUCUGGGGUUUCGCUGACAUGCACGAGAAGAUCCCUAUGACGGCCGACACACUAAUGCCCAUUUGCUCCAUCUCGAAACAAAUGUUCUGCGCUUUAGUGGUUGACUUGCAACGUAAGCCAACGCCUCCUAUGGCUACCAACGGCGACGUCAUGGAACAAUUUAAUCAACGGCUCACUGAAUUACUCAAUCCCCAAAUGACCCAAGGGCGCACCUUGAUAAUCGACCAUCUAUGUGACAAUCAUUCCGGCAUUCGCGACUACUUCGCGCUGACGUUGCUUUGGGGCGCAAGCCCAGAAGAUCGUUUCACCUUAUCUGAACACUGUCCGUUGAUGCUGGAUCGGCUGAAAUCAUUCCAUUUUCAACCAGGAACCGAAUACUCGUACGCCAACACCAAUUUUCAUAUUCUGGCUCGGGUCAUCGAGGAUGUAAGCAAAGAACCGCUCCACUCGUUGCUUGCCAACAGAGUUUUCGCUCCAGCAGCGAUGAAAACGGCCCGAUUCUGUCCAGACUUUGCAAAGCUGCCCUCGCAUACGCCAUGCAUUGGCUAUGAAGGAGACGAGCAAACCGGAUUUCGACCUGCAAUUAUUCGAAUGGAGUCCGCUGGCGACGCCGGCAUUCUUUGUUCCCUGACUGACCUGGUAGCUUACGAAGCAUACCUAGAUCGGAGCUUAACUGAUCCCCGUAGCUGGUAUCAUGCUGUAGUCAACGGGUCGCAGUACAGCGAUGGUACUAAGUCGAGGUAUCACUACGGUCUGCGUCAUGUCGACAUCAAUGGAACCACAACUGUGGGCCAUUCCGGCACGAUCCGCGGCUUUUGCUUGUCGAGGCUUCAAGUACCAAAGGAGCGCCUGUCAGUGGUGGUUAUGCUUAAUCAGCAAAGCAGCGCACCCACCAUGGGGGAGGACAUCGUCCGAACCAUGUUGAAUUCGAAGAGUUUGCCCACUGAACUAGUAGAUCCGUCUCCGUUCUGGUUUGGUACAUUCCUUGACAAAGGUACACAACUCCUACUGCGGGUGAGAGCGGGAACCAGCAAAGGGGACCUGAAUAUCAAAUUUUCGCGAGCUCCCGAGACCGUUUUCCUCACGAGCUCUCACCAUGCUAGGUCACGAGACAUGGUUGCAUCUAUCGACGGAGACAGCUUGACUAUUCAACGCCUGGAAGAGCACAUGACAAUCAACGCCACACGGCUCAUAUCGGAUGGAUCUUGUACUGAUUACUCAUUGUUCGUUGGUGAUUUUUACAGCUCAGAUGUCGAUUCGGUUUUCAACUGCCGCGACCAAGGAGGCGUACUAUACGGAUAUUUUGACGGAUUCAUGGGCAAAGGGCCCGCUCAGGUGAUGCACUAUCUUGGACAAGACGUGUGGUCUUUCCUAUGCCCACGUGGGAUAGAUGAUCCCGGCCCAGGUGAGUGGACGCUCGUUUUCCACCGUGGCGCAGAUAAUGGAAUAUCGGGUGUGACGAUGGGGUGUUGGCUGGCUCGACGAGUGGAGUUUACUCGAGUUUAG